AUGCCUUCCACAACAUGCUUUCUGUGUGGCUUCGCGAUCCUUGAAGGACAUCAAGUCCGCGCUGUGUAUAAAAAGGCACCAUCUGAUGACAUUAAUCGCAAUACGCCGACCGCUGAUGUCCUGCUCUCGAAUCUUCUUCCAUACGAUGAUGGCUUUCUAUGGAUCCAGAAUGACUUGGAACAUCCUAUGCUUAUUGCCUGCGUAACCACCAACGAACGGCCAGAGUAUCAUGGCUUGCUAUAUGGCUUCCGCCCCUUCCACGAAGGACCAAUACGGCCUGGUUAUCCAAUUCACGAACCCUGCUAUAAAAUGCUUUGCCAAGUCCAGAGGGGGUUGGACAUGACGGCAGAUGUACAGGCCAUCUUUGACGUCUGCACAUCGUUCCCUUUAAGCAACGAAGGCGCCUUCUGGGGACACAAUCAUGAAAUGCUACAACCGCUCGCGCCACCCGAGGGGGAGGAUGGCUUUUUCAACUUGUAUAGCGGAGAGUCUUUCUCAUUAGGGAGAGAUUGCCACUAUGCCGAGAAUCCUAUGGACCCGAAUGACCUGCCAGAGUUGCAUGAGAUGAUGGCGAGACUUGAACAUCACCCCAACCCUGUUGAAGAUGCACAAAACAGCAUUAGCAUAUGCACCAAAGAGACGUCGCGAGAAGAACGAAAAUCCGUGAGGAACCUCCAACUGGCGGAUCCAAUCUUUACCGAUUCCCAAAAGUUCCUCGGAUUCUGGGAGUCUCGGUUCGCUCCGGAUAGUGAUCUCUGGUAUGUGUACGAGACGAUGCCUCGUGGCUUGGGCGACCGGUGGAAUCUUUGGUAUCAGCUGUGCAUCAAGUACCACAAUUGUCGCGCGGCUAUCAACCGGAGACGAAUAUUGCGACUGACUCACCGAAUGUGCCAUCUCAUACAUCAAAGACAUGAAAACUCCAAGCUCCUGAGAGGCUCACCAUCAGACAUUACAAACGACGAGGCCUUCUGGCAGAACGAUGGCCAUGACAACAAAAUCGCAUUGUGUAUGGUGCCAAAUAUAACGGGGAUAGUUGAUCAAAACAUCGAGCUUCAUGACGACCUAAGGCAUGUUGCUUUCUCUUUCACCACGGUUUCUAAUCAGCGUUACAUAUCUGGACUUCGACUCUACGGUGCCAAUAACGAGGAGAGGACGCUGGGCUACUUUCAUUCCAAGGACUACUCAACACCCUCUUGCGGUUAUCAGAGCAGGGCGGGAGAAUUCAUCACAGGAUUCGAUAUCGCCCUGGAUAAUCUCGGGGUUCGGGGCUUGCGCUUUCUUACAGAGUCUGGGAAGCCUCUUGAAUGGGUAGGGGAGCAUACAGGGCUUCCAAAGCGCAGGCUUACUGCUGCCUUUGACGACGGCAAUCCCGUCCCGCGAUGUGGAUUCAAACUCGUCGGCAUCGCCAUAUGCUCUACCUCUGAUCCGUGGCCCUCCGUCUCGCAAGAUGACGAAGGUUUUGCACGGGAGGUCCGGCGCGAGGACCAGCAAGUAGAUCUGCGCAUAGUGCCUGGAAAGGAGACUUGGUACCCAGACCUACCACCGCUGGGCUUGAAAUUCGUUAGAUUGAAUAAGGCUGACCGCCCCCUGCAGCAGCCGUAUCAUUAUUGUAUCUUUGGCGGAUCUCGAGGAGAGCGGCUGCGACACCUCAACAAGGUCGUCAUCAGAGCAGACAAGCAUGUGCGCUCUGUAGCUUUUCAUUUUGAUCAGGACGGCGAAAGAAUGGAACAAGUGGAAUUCACCCGGCCACGCUACGGACUCAAACUCGGGGAAGACCUGGCCAUGGUUUCGCUGGCCAUUGAUGGCGCAGGAGGAGAGCGGAUUACCAGAGUCGAGAGUGUCCUUGACCCUUGGACCAAGAUACUAGUGAGCCUCCAGCAACCCAGAGAAUACUAG